GGGAAAAAAUGUUAGAAUUAGCAUCUCCAAAUCAAUCGUCCAAAAGAACUCAGAAACAUCCUUCUGUUUAUGCUUGUCAUUUAUGUGAUAAAAGAUUUACUAGACCCUAUAAUUUGAAAUCCCAUUUGAGAACACAUACUGAUGAAAGACCCUUUAUUUGUAAUGUUUGUGGUAAAGCUUUUGCUAGACAACACGAUCGUAAGAGACAUGAAGACUUACAUACCGGUGAAAAGAAAUUCCAAUGUAAAGGUUUCUUAAAAGAUGGUACUCCUUAUGGUUGUGGUCGAAAAUUUGCAAGAGCUGAUGCUUUAAGAAGACAUUUUCAAACUGAAGCUGGUAAAGAAUGUAUAAGACUCUUAGUCGAAGAAGAUGAGCGUGAAAAAGUAUCCAAUGGACAAUCGAAACUUGAAAAAAAUGGUGAUCUAAAUGAUAAUUCGGCUAUUGGAAUGGCUAAUAUAAUGAAUGCCCAAAAUGCUUCCUUAAAUCCUCCAACUACUAAUUCCUCAAACAACAAUGAUGAAACUAGCUCGAAUGAUUUCCUAAGUCCUACGAGUGCGUUAUUAAGCAGUACUUCAAACAGUGUUCAAUCAAUUCCUCAGGUUGCAAUUUCUCCUCCUGAUUAGUUUUCUGAUGUCACUUGGACUAGCCUUUGUUUCUACUUUCUCUCUCACAUUCCUUCUGAUUUAUCGUAACUUACUUACGUCUUGUUUACUUCUUUAUAUAUAUUGUCAG